AUGGCACAAUCUUUCGUAAGAAAUCAGCGAUCAUAUGAAAUUACACCAACAGCCAAUACAAUUUUUCCCUAUCAAAGUAGCCAUACCCAAACUUACAAAAUUUUAACAAAAACGGGCCCUUCAAAUCCUUUCGCAUCUUAUUUUCGCAAACUCUUAACAGAACUCAAAAUGGGAGAUCAAAUUGAAUGUGCCUUGGACCUUAUGAGACGUCUCCCUCCACAAAAUACGGAGGAAAACCUUUCAAAUCUUAUAACUCUUAUACCAGAUCAUCAUGAAGACUUGUUAAACAAUGUUGACCAGCCACUCAAGGUCGCAAAAUGUAAAACGAAAAAUCGAGAUUACUUACUGUCUCCUUUCAAUAGGGAUGGCGAUUCUUAUCGUUCUCCUUGGUCAAACGAGUAUGAUCCUCCCAUAUCUGACGGGAUAUUACCUUCACCCAAAACACGAAAGUUGGAAGUAUCCGCCAAUGAUGCUUUUGAUACAUAUCGUGAUAUGUAUGUACUUAAUCUCAUUGAAAAUCAAUCGUAUUAUGAAGGGGGUAUUUCUUCGGCGUAUUUUUGGGAUGAGUCGGAUGGGUUUUCUGGUGCAGUUUUAUUCAAGAAAGCAUGGGAUUCAAUCCAUGUAUUCAAAGCAAAUGAACGUGGUCGCGGUGCACAUUAUAAAUUAACUUCUACCGUUAUGUUGUACACCAUUACAAGCAAGCCCGAACUUGGUCAUAUGAAUCUUUCUGGGAGUAUGACGAGACAGUUUGAAACCGAUUAUCCCUUUGAUGAACCUUCUUCUCACAUAGCAAACAUUGGACGUAUGGUUGAGGAUAUUGAACUUAAAAUGCGUAACCUUCUUCAAGAUGUUUAUUUUGGCAAGACUAAAGAUAUUGUAAAUGAUUUGAGGUCGGUUAAAUCGCUUGUCGAAACUCAAAGGCAAGCUGAUAUUCAAAAAGAAUUACUAGGGAAGUUGAUGGAACGAAAAUCAUAG